AUGGGAGUACAAAAUUUUUGGCAAUUAAUUGAAUCAACCGGUCGACCGGUUAAUAUGAAUAAAGGUUUAGAAGGAAAAGUCUUAGCAAUUGAUAUUAGUAUUUGGCUUCAUCAAGCAGCUAAAGGCAUGCAUGAUAGACAAAAUCCACAUAUACUUUUAUUAUUACAUCGUAUUUGUAAAUUAUUACAUUUUAAAAUUAAACCGAUUUUUAUAUUUGACGGUGGAGUACCAGAAUUAAAACGACGAACAUUAGUAACAGCAACAAAAGCCAAAGAAGCAACAAGUAAAAUACGAACAAAUUAUUUGAAAAUGUUAGCUAUUCAACAAUUGAGAGGCGAAGAAAUUGAAUCAUCGCUACCGGCACCAAAUGAAGAUCGUGAAAAAGAUUUAUUUGAAUUACCAGAUACUCAUCUACGUGCACAGUUAGUCGAUGAUGAUAUUGAAGAAGGCGAUGAUGAUGAAAUUAUAGAAAAUACUGAAUUUGAACCCGUAACUAAAUUAAAUAGACAACGAACAACAUGGUCAAAAAAACAAUUAGAUAAUAACACUAAUUAUCAUUAUGUUUUACCUAAUUUAAAUGAAAUAGAUGAUAGUGUACUGAGUAAUUUACCUGUGGAAAUGCAACAUGAAAUUCUAACUGAUAUGAAAGAAAGUCUUAAACGUGGCCAACAACAAAUUGAAGAUAUGCCUCAAAAAAGUGAUGAUUUCUCUGAUUAUCAAGUACAAAAAUUACUUAAACAAAAUAUAGUUUCACAAAAAAUUUUUUCACUUAAUAAAGCUAUUAAACGACAAAAAUUCGAUAUUCCAUUAGAAUCAAAUGCUAAAGUUUACGCAGGUAAAUUAGCAUCAGAUUCUAGUACACAAUAUAUUCUCAUCAAACCUGAAAUGGCGCAAAAACCUACACCAACAAAUCUAUCAAGAAUCUCAUCAAUAUCAUCACCAUCUCUUAGUCGUCAAUCAACAAGUGAUUUUUGUGUUAAUAAUUUAAUGAAUCGAGAUCCUGUUAUUGGAUUUAUUCAACAACGAAAUACAACUAUCGAAAUUGAUUCUAUAUUUAAAACAAAUGAGGAUAAAUCAUUAUCUAUUGAAGAAGAACAAAAUGCUAAAAUAGAAAUUCAAAUUGAACAAGAAAAACAAUCUCAAAUAAAUGAAAAUAUCAUUGAAGAAAAUUUUAUUAGAGACAAUGAUGAAGAACGUAUAGCAUUAGAAAUAGCUAUUAAAAGAUCAUUAGAAGAUACACAAAUAUUAAAUAGUGAAAACAAUAAUAUUAAUAUAUCAAAUACAAUUGAUUCUUCUUCUGAUUCGGAUGACUCUGAUUUUAUCGAUGUUCCAAUCGUAUCAAAAUCUACUGAAUCAAUUAAUCUUCCACAAUUUAUUAAUGAUAAUAGUCAUGAUAUAAUCGAAACAAAUAAUAAUAAUAACAAUACAUCGUCUGAAUUUAUAGAACUUAAUAAUGAUGAUGAAAGUAGCCAUAAUAGUACAGCGAUUGAAGAUAUUAAAAUGUUUAUUGAUAAUGAUAAAGAUCAACCCAAUGUUGAAAUUAAAGAAUCAUUAUUUUCUCAAUCAGAAACAUUAGAUCAACUUCAAGCAGAAUUAGUCGAUGAUAUAGCUGUUCAAUUAACAACAGCUCGUGGUAAUGAACGUAAAACACUGACAUUGACAGAUACAAUGUAUGAAGAUACACAAUAUCUACUUCGUUUAUUUGGCAUUCCAUAUCUUAUAAGUCCAACAGAAGCUGAAGCACAAUGUGCUUAUUUAGAUUUAUCAAAUCAAUGUGAUGGAGUCAUUACAGAUGAUAGUGAUGUCUGGUUAUUUGGUGCAUCACAUGUUUAUCGAAAUUUUUUUCGUCAAAAUCAAUUAGUUGAAUAUUAUGAUUCGACAAUAAUUGCAAAUCAAUUAGGCUUCGAUCGAGAAUUAAUGAUUGCUAUUGGUAUGAUUGUUGGUUCAGAUUAUACAAAAGGUAUUCCAAAUGCUGGUAUUAUGACAGCUUUAGAAAUUCUACAAGAAUUUCAUGGAACAUGUAUGGAACGAUUAGAAAAAUUUCGACGUUGGUGGAAAAACGCACAAAAACCAGAAUAUAAAACUCAAUCAAAAUUACUGAAACAUUUGAAAAAUUUAGAACUUUUUGAAGGUUUUCCAAAUAAAGCUGUUUAUGAUGCUUAUAUUACACCAAAAGUUGAUUAUGAUCAAUCGAAAUUUACAUGGGCUAUGCCACAACUUGAAUUAAUUCGAGAAUUCAUAGGAAGUAAACUUAAAUGGGAUCGACAAAAAAUUGAUGAUAUGAUAUUACCAGUCAUUAAACGAAUGAAUACCAAAGAAGUACAAUCACGAAUUGAUUCAUUCUUUGCUCCACUUUUAUUUGAAGGUACUUCAAAUCAAUUGAGAAAAAAUACACGAUUAAAAUCUGCAAUUGAUUUACUUAAACAAAAAACUCAAGAAGCAAAAGAAAAUCCUAAUGAAUUGAAUCUAUCCGAAGAUGAUGAUACUCCUAUUCCAGAAAGAAAUGUAUCAAAACCUAAAAAACAAACAAAAGCUACAAAAUUAAUGAAUAAUGUAUUAGAUCGUGUUGCACAAACUAAACGACGAUCGAAAAAGAAAAAACCUAUUGCUUCUCCCGUUUUAUCAGAGGACGAAACUUUUUGA